AUGGAGCAGCCUAUCUGUAAGAAGCUUGCCUCCUGGCUGGCUAGAGAAGAUGAGGCAGGUGGGGGAAGGACCCAGCAUUUUGACCUGAACGCAGUGACAUAUGAUGAUGUGUAUAUACAUUUCACUUGGGAUGAAUGGGCUCUGCUGGAUCCUUCCCAGAAAAAUCUUUACAAAGAAGUGAUGCUGGAUACCUACCAGAACCUCACUGCUAUAGCCAACAAUUGGGAAGACCAUAAUAUUGAAGAAGAACCUGAUCAAAUUUCUCCACAACAUGGAAGGUAUGUCAUAUGUCACAAUAGAUACAAGCCAUGUGAGCAUAGGGAGAUGGAAAGAGACAACCUACUUCCCUCUCUUUCCCAGAAUAAUUAA